AUUUCUUGUAAACUUUAAAAAAUGAAUGCAGCCGCCCGACUCCAGGGGCUCUGAUACUAAACUUUAAGGGCUCCGCCAUGAGUGUGUGUGUGCAGACGGAGGAGGGAGCCCCUCCCUCCAAAACCGCUCCGCCUGAGGAACUCGACGGCCUCAACGAAGCUCCGAGUCCAGAGUGGCGGCCGAGACCCGACUCCCCCGGACCUGGAUCCAGCUGCGUGUCCUUCAAGUCCAUGCUGCCGCCUCUGGCGUUCAAACAACUUCCCUCAGAGAAACGUGUCCCUCAGGGGCCGGACUCGGACUCGGACUCCACCAACAGGGACCAGUCCACGAUUAAUCCCCUUACCUUCGGAGAUGACGGUUUCCAGCAGGUUCCCAGUGGGCAGUCCGACAAGCUUCAGCCACAGGAUUUGGACUCCAUAUUUAAGACGCUCAAGGAAAGCAUUGCCACCUACGUGAAGAGCGAGCUGGAAACGUUUCAAACAAUUCUGAGCCUUGGUUACCCAGAAUGCCUAAAGAGUGAGGGCGAGGAGGAGGUGUUGGAUGGAGAGGAGGAAGAGAAGGGGAGGAGCAGCCGAGAGGCGUGUCUGAAGAUCACGCUGGACUUCCUGAGGAGAAUGAAGCAGGAGGAGCUGGCUAAAUCUCUGCAGAGGCGAACCGUCGCCGCGGUUUGUCAACGACGACUCAAAUCCAACCUGCAGAACAAGUUCCAGAGGGUUUUUGAGGGGAUCGCGAAAUCAGGAAAUCCAACUCACCUGAAUCAGAUGUACACGGAGCUCCACAUCACGGAGGGAGGGGCCACCGGGGUCAACGACGAACACGAGGUCAGACAGAUUGAAACGGCGUCCAGGAAACCCGGCAGGCCGGAAAGAACCAUCAGGUGUGAAGACAUCUUUAAACCCUCACCUGGGAGACGAGUCCGAACAGUGAUGACGAAGGGAGUGGCCGGAAUCGGGAAGACCGUCUCGACGCAGAAGUUCUCUCUGGACUGGGCCGAAGGAAAAGCCAACCGGGACGUGCAGCUCACGCUUCCGUUCACGUUCAGAGAGCUGAACGUGCUGAAGGAGAGGAAGUUCAGCUUGGUUGGACUCGUCCAUCACUUCUUUCGCGAAACCGAAGACGCAGAGAUCGGCCAGUUUGACGAGUUCGCGGUCGUCUUCAUCUUCGACGGUCUGGACGAGUGUCGGCAUCCUCUGGACUUCCAGAACAACGAGGUCCUGACCGAUGUGACUCGGUCCGCCUCGGUGGACGCGCUGCUGACGAGCCUCAUCAGGGGGCAACUGCUCCCCGGUGCUCGUCUCUGGAUAACCACGCGGCCCGCGGCGGCCCAUCUGAUCCCCCCCCAGUGGGUGGACAUGGUGACGGAGGUCCGAGGGUUCACCGACCCACAGAAGGAGGACUACUUCGGGAAGAGAUUCGGCGAUCCGGAGCAGUCCGCCAGAAUCUUCUCCCACGUCAAGACCUCCCGAAGCCUCCACAUCAUGUGCCACAUCCCGGUCUUCUGCUGGAUCACGGCUACAGUUCUGGAGGACGUGUUGAAGACCAGCGAGGGAGGAGAGCUACCCAAGACCCUGACUGAGAUGUACACCCACUUCCUGGUGGUUCAGACCAAACUGAAGAACAUCAAGUAUGAUGGAGGAGCUGAGAGGGAUCCACACUGGAGUCCAGAGAACAGGGAGAGGAUCGUGUCCCUGGGGAAACUGGCUUUUGAGCAGCUGCUGAAAGGGAACCUGAUCUUCUAUGAAUCCGACCUGAGUGAGUGUGGCAUCGAUGUCAGGACGGCCUCACUGUACUCCGGGGUGUUCACACAGAUCUUUAAAGAGGAGAGAGGCCUGUACGAGAACUCUGUGUUCUGCUUCGUCCAUCUGAGUGUUCAGGAGUUUCUGGCGGCCCUUCAUGUCCAUCUGACCUUCAUCAACUCUGGUGUCAACCUGCUGUCGGAAGAAGAAGCCAUCUCCUGGUGGUGGAGGUUUCUAGGCGGAAGAAAAGCUGAACCAACGCAUCUCUACCAGAGUGCAGUGGACAUGGCCGUGAAGAGUCCAAAUGGACACCUGGACUUGUUCCUUCGCUUCCUCCUGGGUCUUUCUCUGCAGUCCAAUCAGAACCUCCUACGAGGUCUGAUGACACGGAUGGGGAGAAGCUCGGCGACCGACGAGGAAACAGUCGAGUACAUCAAGAAGAAGAUCUGUGAGAAUCUGUCUCCGGAAAGAAGCAUCAAUCUGUUCCACUGUCUGAAUGAACUGGACGACCGUUCUCUCGUGGAGGAGAUCCAACAGUACCUGAGUUCAGGAAGCCUCUCCGCAGAUGAGCUGUCUCCUCCUCAGUGGUCAGCGGUGGGCUUCAUCCUGCUGUCAUCAGAGAACGAUCUGGACGUGUUUGACCUGAAGAAAUAUUCUUCUUCAGAGGAAGUUCUUCUGAGGCUGCUGCCGGUGGCCAAAUCCUCCAACAGAGCUCUGUAAGUGUGAAUAUGACGGCUCGUUGUGAUUGUUCUCAACCAAUGGGCGUCUGUCAACAGAGAGUUGCAACAUUAAACCAAUUUAUUGAUAAGUUGACUUUUUUUGGGAUGGUUUAUUCAGUUUUAUUGUACCAUUAAUGCAGCCAUGAAAUAAAAAUAUAUCGUAUUGCAGUUAGUUUAUUUAAGGCUUUGAGGAAUUUGGGUAAGUCAUUGGGAUAACAGAUGUUUUUGUAUUGCUAAUAAAAAAGUAAGUAGAGUUUAUUUGCAUUGCACGUAUCACAGAUAAAGUGUCACACUGUGCUACGAGCUACGAGCGUGACAGUCUGAUAUCCGUUUUUAUUACUACUUUAGUACUUAUUUUAUUUAUUUCGAUUAGACUGAACGGAUACUUGUAUCUCAGCGGAUGAUAUUAAGGGCAAGUAGGUUGAUGGCGGGUUACCUGUUACCUGUACGCUACGAUGCUUCCUUUCCUAUUUCCUCAAGCGAAGGGAACACUAGACCGGUGGACCGAAGGAAUCUUUACUUGAGUUGUACAGCGCAGAGUUUGUUACUUUACUCACUUUUAUGGGUCAUAAAUAAAGGAGCCGUCUCUUAAAUUCUCCUUCACAUCGUGCCUCGACCUCAACACGUUUUCCAUGAAGGAAAUUUGGGAUUUUUCGAUGUGUAAAGCAACAAAUGCAGUUAAGCAAACUGGUCUAUUGUUUCGUGAAAGGUUGUUAUAUUGUGUCAGUUGUGAUUUUGUGAUUGUAUUGUUGUACUUGGGCUAUGCAUCUUCUACACAAGACCAAUAAUAUGUCUGAAUGACAGGAUCAACGUGGUGUUUGUAUAUUCAUUCGUACUGAUGAUACUCAAAGCACUUUCCUGGGUUAUUGGUAACAAAUAGUUUAAAUAUAUAAUACAUUAAAGCACAGGUGUCGAACACAAGUUCAGGCCGCCACAUCAUUUUAUGUGGCCCCUGACGGCUUGAAAGACAUUUGAUCACCUUUUCUUAAAGAACUGUAAGACAACUAUCCUGUGCUUUUAUUUUGAAGGUUUCAAAUGAAAUGGAUUUAUGUUAUAAUAUUAGAGAAACGUUCUUAUGUACAAUAUUUCUACACUCAAGUAAACAAUAAUCAAAUGCAAAGAGAUUUAUUUAACAAUAUGUUUGAGUAGUUUAUACAGUGUUACAGUUACAACCGGCACUGAGGGCGGGCAUGAUGCUGGUGUGGUCCGCGGUGAAAAUGAGUGGAUACCCCUGCAUUAAAGGGUCCGGGGGACCGCCAUGGGACCCUCCUUCAGAAAAUAUAUUUACGGUCGUCAAGGUCAAGGGACAAAUUAUAUUUUGAUGUUUCAAUUGUGUCGUGUCACGCAUAUAUACAAUGUUUGUUACGUUCUAAAAGGUCUUUUUGGCACGCCGAGAAAGUCACAUUUUGUCAUAAUUGUCACAGUAAUGUGUCGUAGUGAAUCAUAAUACUGUGAAAAUACGUAAUUAGGCUGAGUCAGAUUUUCACCGGCAACAUAUCUGAGCCUCUUGGGUUCUGGUUUAACUCCUCAGUGUCACGAGGUGUCUCUUUUUGUAGUUUUAAUUACUUUCAGACUGCAAUUUUUGAAUGGAUGUGACAUAACAAAGCAAUAAAUUAGCCAUAAAGCAGCUUCAACUAUGUAAGUCUUGACUGAAUGCAAAGUUCCACCAAAGUCCACCAAGUUCCAGUGGUCUGCUGGAGGAAGAUCGGCUGAAGAUUCCUUGUAAGGAUGAGAAGUUACAUAAGUUAUAAGUUAUAAUCUAUGUAUUAUUAUGUAAGAACCAGCGAGUUUUAGCUGCUGAUAACAUGUUAUGACUUAAAGGCUUUAGCUUUUUACUGAAAGGAAUUUAAAUUUAAAUCCUUGGAAAAGUCUUAUUUGAUUAUGAACAGCUGAGUGUCGGAUGACUCAUCAAAUUCAAACUGUUUUACAGAAGAGAAAUGAGGGAUUUUGUUGUAAAUUUACUUUCACACUGAUUUUGAUUUUUACAUUUGUUUUUCACCAUGUAUUUUUUUCAAGCCUGCUUUUUUUAGAAGACUGUCUGACCAACAUAUUUCAAUAAAACUCUUUUUAUAUUUGAUUGACA